AUGGGAGAUUCAAAUGGGAUACUUCCCUCAUCAGAUGAUGGAGAAUUAACUGAUGAAAGUGGUACUGAUCGUCGUUCUCGUGUCAAAAACUCAUGUAAGCCUUUUGCUCAUUCAAGUGAUGACGAUGAACAAGAAAUGUUUACAAUGCAGCCUGGUGAUUUUAAUACUUCCCGCUUAGCUCAUCGUCUUGAAAAAUCUGAUAGAACCAGAACAGAAAAAGACAAAAAAGAUCGUGAUCACAAAGAUCGUCAUGAGCGUCAUCAGAAACAUAAGCAUGAGCGUAGGAUCCGUGAUAGAGAUCAUCACAGCGAAAAGCAUGACAGAGACAGAAGCGAAAGACUGAAAUAUGAUGAACGGGAAAAUAGAGAUAGAGAACGUCAUGAUGAGCACAGGCAUAAAUCCAAAACUGAAGAGAAAAAGAUAAAACCAUCUCCACAUAAACAUGACCGCACGGAAAAGCUAAAACUUGAUAAACUCCGGGAUACAGAUAGAGAUAAAAAUCGAGAGGAUGGUCAUCGAGAAAGAUCUGCUCGAAAACAAGGAAGAUCUUCAACAGGCUCAUCGUCUCCUGAAACUGAUCGUAAAAGAGACAAAAAAACCCAGAUAGAAACUAUGGAAGAAACAAAGAUUGAUUUGAAAAUGAACAGAUCUGAUAAUGUGAAAUCUGCACCUCCAAGCGAGGCAUCCAUUGAGCAAGAUGAUGAAGGUAGCGGGAUGGAGGAACAAACGAAUGCCGUCGAUCAACUUCAAGCUGAUUUUGAAGAAUCCGAUGAGGAGGAGAAUAAAAUGGGUAUGCUCUGA